CGGACUCACCACGAUGCCACGAUACGGCUCACGUUCCCGUUCACCGUCCUCGCGCGCCGGAGGCGGAGGCGGCGGCGGCGGUGGUGGCGGCGGCGGUAGCGGUAGCGGAGGCUACUCGAAGCGUAGCCGCGACGACCGCUACGAUCCUCGGGGAUCUCGGCCGCGAAGCCGCAGCAGAGAUAGAAGGGACUAUAGGGACCGUGAUCAUCGGGACCGUGGCGGACGUCGUGAUAGGUCCUCCGAUAGACGGAGAAGGGACGAUUACUAUGAUUCUAGGGACGAUAGGAGGAGAGAUGAGAGGCCGAGGGAUAAGGAGAGGGAGAGGGAAAGGGAUAAACGUGAUGGUGGGAGGAGAUCGCGGUCGAGGGAUAGUGUCCGUGGCGGUGAUCGUUCCAAGAGGGAUAGAGAUCGCGAUGCGGAUCGGGAGAGGGGUGGUGAUGGCAGAAGGGAUGACCACCGACGCGGUGAUCGGGAUCGCGGAAAAGAUUCUCCCGCUCCUACGGCCCAAACCGAAGACGAGAAGAUCCGGCAACGCAGGGAACGUCUGGAGGCUUGGAAGAAGAAGAAGGCCGAAGAGGAAGCACAGAAGAAGGCUGCGUCGCCUGCGGCCAUGUUGUCGGAACUCGAGAGACAACGAUCGGUCUCUGUAGCGUCGAAUACUUCAAAACCGAGGCAAGGAACCCCGAAGGUUCCUGCUCAACAAGCUACAACGUCCGCCUCCUUGUCCAAUUCUAGCACACCUCGUCCAAAGGCUGACCAAGGUUCCUCAGUACCUCCAAGUGCUCCGUUGGCUCCUACGAAUGGAUCAGCGCUACCUACCAAUCGCCCCGUCUCAACCUUUGGGUUCGGUGCAGCUAGGAGGAAUGCCGACAAAGGCAAACGUACACUCGAUUUCGGCGAUGAGGAAUCUUCCAGGAAGAAGCUUGAAAGGUUGCCCUCACCGACCCCCGGUGAAGCUGAUAUGAACGGUACGGUAAAAGAAGAAGAUAUAGACGAUGACACAGAGAUGCAGGACGCCACAGAAGAGGAGUCUGCAGCUGCUGCUAGAGCGGCGGCGGAGCAGCGCAGGGAACGUGCCGAAGCUGCCGCAGCUGCCGCGGCCCUCGACGCUGCUACGGCAAUGGAAGUGGAGCCCGAAGCACCCGCCGCUCCUCCGGUCGAAGAGGAAGAGGAGGCCGAUCCUCUGGAUGCCUUUAUGGCCAACAUCGGCACCUCGGUUGCAGCCGAGGCUCAGCCCAGGAUCAGACCAGCAGAUGAUGCGGAGCUCCUCGGUGAUGACGAGAUUGACUUGGUUGUGAAUGAACAGGAUCCGGACGACAUUCUCGCUAUGGCCGCGAAGCUCAAGAAGAAAGAACUGCCAGCCAUCAAUCACUCCAAGAUCAAUUAUGAGCCUUUCCGCAAGAGCUUCUAUGUUGAGCCCAUUGAGCUUGCUGAGAUGAACGAGAAAGAAGUUGAUGAUCUGCGUCUCGAGCUCGAUGGUAUCAAAGUCAGAGGUCAAGAUGUGCCGAAGCCGGUUGUCAAGUGGAGUCAGUGUGGUCUUCCGUCACAGAGUCUGAAUGUCAUCCAGAGCCUGGGGUACGAUAGACCGACCUCGAUUCAGGCACAGGCUAUUCCGGCCAUCAUGUCGGGCAGAAAUGUCAUCGGUGUGGCCAAAACAGGAUCUGGAAAGACCAUCGCUUUCUUACUUCCAAUGUUUAGGCACAUCAAAGAUCAAAGGCCAUUGGACUCCCAGGACGGGCCCAUUGCCUUAGUUAUGACGCCUACCCGAGAGCUUGCUGUCCAGAUCUUCAAAGAGUGCAAGCCAUUCCUCAAGGCACUGAAUCUUAGGGCUGUCUGCGCGUACGGAGGAUCUCCCAUCAAAGAUCAAAUCGCUGAGGUUAAACGUGGCGCUGAAAUCAUUGUCUGCACACCCGGUCGGAUGGUGUUCCUCCUUGCUGCCAACGGGGGCCGCGUCACGAAUCUGAAGCGUGUGACCUACAUUGUUCUUGACGAGGCAGAUCGUAUGUUUGACAUGGGACUUGAACCUCAGGUUAUGAAGAUCGUUGGAAACACCAGACCUGACAGACAGACGGUUUUGUUCUCUGCAACGUUCCCCCGACAGAUGGAAGCCCUGGCCCGUAAGAUUCUCGUGCGGCCUGUUGAGAUCGUCGUUGGUGCUCGCAGUGUAGUUGCACCCGAAAUCACUCAGAUCGUGGAAGUUAGGUCGGACGCCAACAAAUUCGUUCGACUACUUGAGCUUCUCGGCGAAUUGCACGAUAAAGACGAAGAUGCCCGAUCAUUGAUUUUCGUCAAUCAGCAAGAGUCAGCCGAUGGACUUCUCCGAGAUCUCAUGCGAAGAGGGUACCCUUGCAUGUCGAUUCACGGUGGUAAGGACCAGGUUGAUCGUGAUUCUACGAUUAUUGAUUUCAAGAACGGUGUCGUCCCGGUGCUCAUUGCCACUUCGGUUGCUGCACGCGGUCUCGAUGUUAAGCAGUUGAAGUUGGUGGUGAACUACGACUGCCCAAACCACAUGGAGGAUUACGUGCACAGAGUGGGCAGAACGGGACGUGCUGGAAAUACGGGAACUGCUGUCACGUUCAUCACUGAAGAGCAGGACCGAUACUCGGUUGAUAUCGCGAAGGCCUUGAGAAUGAGCAAACAGCCAAUUCCUCCGGAUGUGCAGAAGCUUGUAGACGGAUUCAACGAGAAGGUCAAGUCCGGAAAGGAAAAGGCCAGUUUCUCUGGCUUCGGCGGCAAGGGACUCGAACGUCUAGAUGCAGAGCGCGACAUGGCCCGCCGAAGGGAGAGGAAGCAAUUCGGCGAAGAAGGCGGCGACGACGCUGUGGAAGAGGUCGAGGCCGCGGAGGAUACUGUGGUUGUCACCCCUCUUGGCGGCGCCGUGGUUGCCAAGGUGUCCACUGCCACCGGACCUUCGCUCGACGGCGAGAUCGUGGUGCACAGACGGGGCACCGAAAAUGCACUCGAUCGCGUCAAGCAGGCUGCUUCGGCUGUGGACAGUCGUCUGAAGAAGAAUGGCGAGCUGAGGUCUGGUGUUCCGAUCGACAACAAGGGUCCCGAUGCUGGAGCGUAUCACGCGACCCUCGAGAUCAAUGACUUUCCCCAGAAAGCUAGAUGGGCCGUUACGAAUCGCACGAACAUCGCCAAGGUGCUCGAGCAGACAGGAACGUCCAUCACCACGAAGGGAAGCUACUACGCUCCCGGCAAAGCUCCACAGCCCGGGCAAGAUCCCAAGCUGUACAUUUUGGUGGAGGGAGAUACGGAGCUUGUUGUUACGAACGCAAUGAGAGAGCUCAAGAGACUGCUAGCCGAGGGUACAGCUGCGGCAGUGGAUAGCGAGAACAGGACGCCCGCUAGUGGACGCUAUAGCGUCGUUUAAUAUCACUUUUGUCGCGCGUUGUGUUGAAGUUGGAGUUGCGAAUUCAUGUAAUAAUGUACAGAUA